ACUAGCGAUACUACUUUACCUGCUAUCUUGGCAGCUAAUGAAUCUUUUCUUUAUACUGUGCAUGAUGCUGGGUUACCUUGGUGGGCUACCAUCAUAGCCAGUACAUUACUACUUCGAUCGACCAUGACUUUACCCAUCGCCAUUUAUCAACAACGUAGUUUGGGUAAAAUGAUUAAUUUAGCUCCCAUUAUUCAAAGCUGGGCAGAGACAUUCAAAACACAACUGGCCAAAGAAUCCAGUGCUAAAGGCUGGAAUUAUCAACGAUACCAAUCUGAAUUACAAAAGCAGUACCGAAAAAAAGUUAAUUCUAUUUAUGCACAUUAUGGAUGUUCACGUUGGAAAAUAGUGGUAUUGCCCUGGAUUCAGAUUCCUUUGUUUGUAUCCAUGUCAUUGACAUUAAGACAUAUAACAGCGUUUCCGUUACCUUGGUUCGGAAAAACGACGAAUGUACCUGCCGAUGGGAUGUUGGAUGGUGGGUUGGCCUGGUUUGUAGAUUUAACAGCAACGGAUUCAACAAUGAUUUUGCCUAUCUUGAUCGGAGCGGGUAAUUUAAUUAAUGUUGAGGUA